AUGGGGGAGACGCCCGAGAGGAAGAAGAUCGUCAUCGACACCGACCCAGGGAUAGGUGAUUUUGCUUCGAACCCCGGCGACUGUCUGCCGUUCGUCGCGCAUCUGCGGGGACUCUUCUCCCGUGGCUGUGUUUCCUCGGUUUGGCGAUGGACAUUGAUGGGUUCUAUGCUUCCCAGAUGACGCCCUGGCGAUAUUUGUGGCGCUGAAUUCGCCAGAGAUUGAAGUUGUGGGCCUCACAACCAUUUAUGGCAACGUCUAUACCUCCUUGGCCACGAGGAAUGCCCUGCACUUGGUAAGCUCUAGCCAGGAUUCGUCUGAUACUGUAGGAUCUAUUUAUUACCCUUGGACAUUGAAAUGUGUGGAAUCAGACCACUCCUUCGUUGCCAUACAGGCAGGAGAGAGAUGCAGCGAAUUUUUCGAAUUAUACGACAGUCACUUCUAAUCAACUGUUGGCUUGAUCCAUCUGAUACGUUGCUCUCAUUGGUGCAUUUAUUUUGACGUUUUCUCCAAGGUUCUUUUAUUUGUUGCACUGAAAUAGUGUCGAACGUCGCAAUCUUAAGACAGAUGGUCAAGUAUUGCCGGCUCUUAAGACAGAUAUACUGUUUAUUCUUAUCGAAAUGCAUUAGGGAACUUCGAUUUACACUUUGAUCAUUCAACAAGCUUUGACCUCCGAUUCGAAAUCUGCUUUUGUCAUUGUUCAAGACCCUAUCUCUAUGGAUUAAGCGGCUCCAUUUUCUCCUUUCUAUAUCUGGAUAACUUCUAUGCUUGCAAAGUUACUGAAACAAUGGUUAAAAUACCUUUCCCCUGCAUGCAUUCUAUUAACUCAUGUUAUCCCAUCUGUUAAUAUUUAUGCAUUAUUAUACUUUCCGUUCAGUGGACGACUGUGUUCUUUGGUAUCAUGCUUGGAGCUGUGGAUCACACAUAUUUCCAUCAUGAUAGUAAAAUCUUUCGUGAUGCUAUUCUUAAGUCUUUUCAUUUCGUCAGAUUAAACGUCGCUGGCUUAACAGAUUGGUUUUAUAAAAUUAAUGUGAUGCUUUUCUAGUUUUGCCUGUGAACCAAUGGUGCAUUUUUAGACAGGGCUAGAUACUAUGCAGAUACAAAAUACAGUUGUAUUUUUAAGAAAAUUCAUUAUCUCUCUUUGUGCUCCUUUAGUAAUACAUCUCCAAUUGAAUUCUAAGGAAUCAUGGCAUGGUAAAACUGAAAAUUGAAACCAUUUAGUUAUUUUCCUAUAGAAAGGUCUUGCAGGUGUCCAACAUCCAUUGCAUGGUCUUGAAACCAUUGCAUGUCAAUCAUUAUAUUAAGUCAUAUGUCUGGGUUUCAUCGAUUUCUGGAAUAUAUUCUUCUAUGCCUGACGUUAUUGCCCUUAAUCUACCUUUUUAGUUGGAAGUUGCAGGAAGAAAUGAUAUUCCUGUUGCUGAGGGUUCACAUGUAACAAUCACGGUAUGUAGUGUCCUUCUCACUGAGUUUUUUAUCCAGCACUCCAUUUAAUUUAAUCAUCAAUUCCUUCAUUGUAUGGUAUUAUACUUCGUCCAGACCUAUGAUUCUUCUGUUACAGAAAGAUCAUUUUUUUCCAGAAAGUGCAUGAUUUUCUGUUUCUUGAAUUGGUUGUGGAAUAGCACCAUGUUGCCUUGCCACAGAAUGUUUUCUUAUACUGUUCUAUUUCUCAUAAUCAUCUGACACAUCUUCCUAAAAUCUGAUAUUUCAUUGCAUGGAAGAUCAGUUUUUCUUGCUGCAGUGGCAUAACAGAUCCAGCACAUAGUUUUGACAAAUUUUGCAUCAGGUACAUGCCAGGGUGUGGGAACAGAGUGUUAGUGCUUGGAGUUUGGCAUUGUGUAGGAUGGUUUCACAUGUGAGACCUUCAGUCAUGAGAUAAAAAAGAAACAAGUAGGGCCUUAUCCAAUUAUCCUUGUAGAAAUGACGAUAAAUUAUUUGAACUCAUCAAAGAAGUAUAGCUUAUUAUGGCCUGCUAUUUCAAGUAAAGUGGAAUACUGUUAUUGCGGUGUUUGUAUUGGCAACUCGGGGGACAAAUAUAUUCAUCUUUUUAUCGUUUGAAUCAUAAAUUGUCCAUUUGGAAUUUUUUGUAGACAGGGUUCUAUUUCCAUAUAUGAAAAAAAGGUUCUGCAUCACUUGCAUUGACGAAACUAAACUUGUAUUUUAAUGAACUGAAAGUUAUUCCAGAAAUCGAUGUUGAAGUUGUUUGUUUCGGAUCCUGCUUGACUUCUCAAAAUAUCAUCUCACCAUAAAAGUUCAUUGCUGUGUUUAUAUUCUCGGCAUGGUUUACAUCCUUUUUAGAGAUUUAAUUGACUGCUUAUGAACAUAGUGCUGGUUUUAGUAUUUCUUACGGUAUUUGGUCUUUGUUUUCUGUUGAAGAAUGGUACAAAGCUCCGUAUUGCUGAUUUUGUUCAUGGUGCUGAUGGGCUUGGAAACCAGAACUUUCCUUCACCACAAGGAGCAAAAAUCGACCAGUCUGCUACUGAUUUCCUCAUUCAUCUAGCAAAUUUAUACCCCGGGGAAAUAACUAUUCUGGCGCUCGGACCACUGACGAACCUUGCUAUGGUCUGUUCUUACUUCUUCUUUUUAACGCUCUUCUACUAAUCGAUGUGUUUUUUGGGACAGGCUAUUCAACAAGAUCCUGAAUUUCCGAGAAAAAUUAGGCAGAUUGUUCUUCUUGGUGGUGCAUUUUCAGUUAAUGGAAAUGUCAAUCCUGCGGCAGAGGCUAAUGUAAGAAAAGUUUAAUUUGUAAUGGCCUUGGUACUUAUUCUUCCUUAUGCCAUAUUAUAUCGUUUUAAUAUUGGUACAAAUAGAUAUUUUGUGGAGGUUAUAACGUGUGACUAUGGCCUAUUAUUGACUGUUUCGAACUCAAUGAUCCUGCCUCAAACACAAUCUCCUGGAUGAUCUGUAAGAGAACGUGGAUAUUUGGGCCUUGGGAGAAUAUAUGUGAUGUAUCACUGUUAAUUAGUUUUUCACUUUUGCUGUCAAUGGGCAUUGGCCUGCAUGAAUGCCACAUAUAUAUAUGUGAUGUUUUCUUUUCUGCAUUUUCAUUAGAUGAAAUCCGUCAUAAUUUUUUAAACUUUCCCUGGUCGAUUUUGUUAAUGAUUUCAGGUCUUUGUGCUGAGUGCUCUGUCAUAGGGGGUGAAACCCCCAAGGCCAUAAUCAUGAACAUGAAGGUGGAAAAUAAGACACUUCUUAAUUAACAUUUGGUCUGGUAUUUAUGCUAAGCCCAUUGUACUGGAGUUGUGUGAUUGGCCCAAUCUAGUUUGACAACUAAUGAAGAAAAGACUGCAAUAAAAGAAAAAGGGAUGAACACAACUUACUUUGACACUCUACUUCAAGUUGGUGAAUCAAAACUUCCCAACUUGGAUACAAGAUGCUGAAAUACACUACUAUUCAUGCCUUUAGUAAAUGUGUUUAGAAUUAAAGACAACAUAUGGUGUGCAAAUUAGUCUGUUCUCUAGCGUCUCUUUGAUGAAUUGUCAAUGAAUUUCACUGUAGUUGAUUUGGUUGUGUUGAACUAGAUCUUAUGUUAUAUUGAUUGUCGGCUUGUUGCCAUUGUAGAGUUUCAUUGGACUAUCUCUCUUGAUCUUUAAGUCUUCUAAUAUAAUCUUCAUGCAUAAUAAUUCACAAACAUCUUGAGCCAUGGUUGAGAAUUUUGCUUUUGCACUUGACCUUACUAUCACAUUUUACUUCUUGCUUUGUCUCGGUAUAAGAUUUUCACAAGGGAAGGUGCAAUAUCCUGAAGUGAAUGUCAUGUCUAUUAUAAACCUUGCCUAAUCAAUAUCAUCGUAUGCUUCAAGUACCAAUCCUCCAUUCCUCUUGAACAGAAUAUUAUUCCCUACCGAUUGAAAUAAUGUAGUACUAUACAAAAUGUAUGCAGGUGUAAUUUCUUUAGAUUGUGUAUAAUUAGCUAAUCAUACUCAUUACAUACAUUAUAUCUAGUCAUGUAUGAGAUAGACAAAUCAAUCUUCUGUCUAAUCGUUGAUACAUCACCUUGUCUUCAACAACAUCCUCCUGUGCUCUACCAUCUUUGAGAUUUGGAUCUAUUGGAGUAUUUAUUAGUUUACAUGUAGUUUUGCGUGUUUCCUUCUGAAGAUCAUUAUGUGUUUUUCGUGGAUGAUAAAAAUGGCUUUUCUUGAGUGGGCUACUUUGAUUCAAAAGAAGUAUUUCAACCUAUCCAAUGUUUUGAAUUCAAGUUCUUUGGUCAGAGACUAUGUAAGUUAUAUUUUUUUUUUCUUUUCCUUCAUAUCUUGUCACAAUUAUGUAAUCAACACAAAUUAAUAGUGCUAAAUUCUUCUUGAAAAUAAGUGUUUAACAAAUAGUGUGAUCUCCUUGACUCCAUUUGUAUUCUUUUCAAUCAUAGCCCUUGUAAACUUACCAAAUCAGUAUUGAGGUGAUUGUUCACUUUCUUCAGUUUGAACACCAUAUUGCCAACCGUACAGGCAUCUUUUGUACAUUGCAUACCCAAUUCUUUCCAUAUCCUAGUGGGACUUCAAUAUAGAUUUCUUUUUUCUAAGUCUCCAUGCAAAUAUGUAUUCUCAACAUCAAACUGAUGUAGAUCCCAUCCAUUAUUAGUUGUUAAUAUAUAUUUUUUGAUAGUAUUCAUCCUUGCUACAUGAACAAAAGUAUAAGGGUAAGCAACCUCAUAGCUUUGAGUCUAUCAUUUGGCAACCAGUUGGGUCUUGCAUCUCUUAAUAGAUCUAAUUACAUGAUAUUUCACUGUAUAGAUCCAUUUAUAGCCUCUAUAACUCCCAAUUUUUAUAUCUCUAAAGCUUCGAUUUCUUCAUUCAUAGCUUGUUUUAAUUUUUCUCUGGACAGAAUCUCAAACAUGGUAGUAGGGAUUGUAGUAGUGUUUAAACUAACAAGGAAAACUCUAUGAGAUGAUGAAAAACGUUCAUAGGCUAGAAAAUGUACAAGAGGAUAUACAUUUGGAAGUAUAACACCAACCUCAGAUUCAUGUUUGAUCAAAAAAUUCUAGUGAUCUGUGCAAAAUCAUCAAUAAAUGUAACAAACCAUCUAGCACGAAAAAUACAUAAAGUGGAUGAGGAACCAAAAAUAUCACUAUGAAUACAAGAAAAACGAGUGUAACCAUUUGCACUACUUAUAGGAAAAGAAACAUGCUUGUGUUUUGUGAAUUCAGAUACGUCACAAUGGAAGUCUGCAACAUUCAAAUUUUGAAAUAAAGAUGGAUUUUUUUUUUGAUUGUUAUAAAUGAAGGAUAACCAAGUCUUUUUUGGUGAAGUCAUAUUUUGUCCAUGUUUGAUGAGUAGGGUUCAUAAGGUAGGUUGCUUUCUCUCUUUACAAUGUUUGAUUGGCUCAGUGCUUCAAAGUAGUAGAGUUAAUCUUGUUCUUUAGCAUGCCCAAUGUUUCUCCCCGAUUCUUUCUCAUAAAACACAUGAUAUUUAUGAGAGAACCCACUUUACAUUGUAGAUAUGCAACAAGUUUAUUAAAAGACACGAGAUUUGUGGUCAAUAAAGGAAUAUGAAAAAUAUUUCUCAAGAUGAGUGAGUGUGAGCAUUUCCCAGUAAUUAAGGAUCCCUCGACUGUGCUUUUUUUCCUAUUAAUAGGACAAGGAGAAUAUUUGGAAUAAAAUUCUGAUUAACUGGUCAUGUGUUUAGUCGCUCCUGAAUCCAUGAUCCAAUAAUCUUUUCUUGGCCAAGGAUUUGAAUUCUCACUUGAUCAAAUUUAGGGUUUAGCCCAACUGGAAAUUUAUGCUACGUCCUUUUCUAUAUAACCUUGAUGAAUAAUUGUCUUUAGGAUCUCGCAUAGCAAUAGCGUUGUGUUGAUCAUACUUCUGUCGUAACAUCUUCAAUUGAUUUGCAUACUCUGUUACAAUCUAGUUUCCUUGUUUCAUUGUCAUCAUCUUUAUUUUCACCUUAUAUACCUUUACUAGAUCUCUGGCUCUGGAAUAAGCUUGUUGGAUAAUCCCAUGUCCUUGACUGCAGCUAAGAACAUAUGAGUAUUGCUGAUCUUUGGUAUCAUGGUACUCUGAUAAGAACCCAGAUCAAAGAACUACGAAUAUUUCGUAUUAGAUGAAAGAAACAAUCUCUAGAACAGAAAUAUCGAAGAUAAAGAACAAUAAAAGAACCCAGAACAGAUGGAAGGUCGCAUACAACCCUCCGACCCUUUCUUGUAGAUGCACAAGAUGCUAACUCCGAUUUUCCUCCCCCCUCUCCUUCCUGAUCCGCCCCUCUUUAUAUCCUCUCCUUUCCUUCUCUUAUUUAUGCAGUUAGUCUCCUGCCAUAACUGCUCUUGUCAUAACCGCUCUUUGCCAUAACUGCUCCUAGUCAUAUUGUUUCUUGCCGUAACUAUGUCUUCCGUCAAUAAUGCUAACCAUUAUUGAGUUAUUGGGCUUUGGGCCUUCUUCCUUCUAGCAUAUGUGCGUGGAGCCUCAUACUCCAUAACCACACCAUGAUUCUCAAGUGUUCUUCAUUGCAAAUUUCAAAAUAGGAAUCUCCUUGUCUUGUGCCAAGGAGGUAACUGUUUUGUCUUCUCCCUUUCAUAGUUAUAAGCAACUGAGAUCAAUUAAGAAAAUUGUGCCCAUCCAAUCUGCAUGACUGUGGGAUGGCUGGCAACUUACGAUAUGAUUUGGGUUCAUUCAAGCUCUUGGAAUUGUGAAGAUACAGAGGUAGUAGUUGUCUCAGGCAUAUUUGAGGCAGUAGAAAUAAUUGGUGUUCUUAGACAGAGCUGAACAAAUCUAUUUCUAGCCAAUGACUCUCGGCUGUUCUCUCACCUCCAAUGCACUGGAGGAGAGCAAGAAAUAUGUGCGAACCUGUCGUUCUGUCACAAAACCCGAAAAUGAGACCUGGUGGCAUAAAAGGAAAGAAGGCGUGACGACCAAAGUAAAUGAGAAGAAUAUACCAACCAUACCUCUCCUUCUCGUUGAUGGGAUCUUCUGAAGAGACGUCUCAAGGCAGGAGAGAUUAAAAAAACAGCUCGAUCAAGCCUUUGGCUCUGAUACCAUUCUAAGUGCUAUGUCACAGGUGAUGAAACCCCCAAAACCCAUAUCCCGAACAGGAAGGCAGAAAAUAAGACAUGCUUUUCUUAAUUAACAUUUGGGUCUGGUAUUUACACCAUGCGUGGGUUGAACCGGACCGGUCCGAUCCGGUUCAAUACUUAAGUAAUAAAGAAAAUAUUACAGUAAUGGAAAAAAAGGAAAAAUACAACUUAUUCGGACACUUUGUUGGUGGAUUUUAUGUAAUGCGAAUAUAUAUUCCCUUUGUCUGUUUGCUAUCUACGUCAAUAAGCUUUAAAAGAGAGGUAUAAGUAACGUCCUCCUUUUGGUGCGAUCUUUUCAGCCUUUAUGACCAACAUCUAUCUGUGGUAUCUGUAAAGAUUUGGAAGGCACAGAUGAACUGGCUGUCAGAUCUUUUUCAGAAGACAAAGGGUAAAGGGGAACUCUAUGACGAAAAAAUUAUAUGAGAUCUGGUACACUUUCAUAAUUCAUACCAAGAAUCAGAUCAUUGCAGUAUGCUGCCCCAAAGCGUCUUGUGUGGAUUGCGAAUUUCCUUGAAGAAUUCAUGUAACAGAUGCUGUAGCACCCAUAGCAUGAGUAGGCUGUUUACCCAAUCUGGUCUUACAUCAUAUUUUCUUCGGCAAAAGACAAUCUUUACACAAGCAUAAUAAGAAUUCUUACAUAAAUAUAUUCUUAGGCGGUUACAUGCAAUAUAGGCUGUAUAGUUAUUAUGAAUGAAUGUUAGCCUUUAGUACAAGCUUAUAAGAGGCUUGUGAUGAAUGUAUAAGCUGAUAAGAUGCUGUAUAGUUAUUAUGCAAUAUAGACUGUAUAGUUAUGAUGAAUGAAGGUUAGUCUUAAGUACAAGCUUAUAAGAGGCUUGCGAUGACUCAGCCAUCUUUCAUUAGCCUCAAUAAAGAAACUCUGGAUUCAUUCUGGCUGGGAGCAAGACUGAUAUUGUACACUUUAUAGUAUGCCCCUUCUACUCGGUACAGUCCAAUUACUGAGGCCAGCUUUCAUUCCUCCUUGAUGGGAAAUGUAAUGUCAUAAUGUGCUUGUGUUUAGCGGUAGUUUGUACAUUGAAGGCAUAUACAGUGGAUUGGAAACUAAAAAGCAAGUCAACAAAUAGGCGAUUGUGCUGUUGCCUUCUCAUUCCAUUUGUUAACUCGUUCUGACAUGUUUGCAUGCUUUCUCUUCCGUGGCUUCUGGGGGACAUGUAUGUGGGGUAUUUGGCAUUAUUAAUAUUCAUUUUGGUUUCCUAUUUUAGGAGCAUACAUAUGAUUCAGAGGUUCUUAUAGGCAAGCUAUCUGCUGUCUUCUAUGGUUUUCUUAGAAAAUGUGUUUGCUUAAAGAUUCUUUGUUUUGAAUUCCAUAAUCAGAUAUUUGGCGACCCUGAUGCUGCCGACAUUGUCUUCACUAGUGGUUCAGACAUUUUAGCAGUGGGGAUAAAUGUUACUCAUCAAGUCGUUUUGACAGGUAAUCUGUUGACAGACCUUGAUAACUGUAUUUUGGUUUUAUAAGUUUACUUGAUUUGUUGAAUGCUCUUAAUUAGCUAUAAAUUGCAGAAUACACAAAGUGAUGCCAAGCCAUUUGCUUUAGGUUGACUCAAGCCACAUGUGAGAUUUCUUUUGAUAAAAAGGUGUAACAAAAUCUUAUGGAAAUUUCUGUCAUUCUUUGCAAGACUAGGAAUUUCCAAGGAAAAUCUGUUUUGUGUGUGAGAGGUACUCAAUGUUUAAUUGAAAAAGAAAAUUAGGAGUCCAUUUUUGCUAUAUAUGGAAAUUUGUGCCCAAGAAUAAAAUGACUAACAUGCUCUAGCACAUUCUAACACUUUCCCGUAAGUCAUUAAUAUGUGCUGACAUUGGGUUAAUAUUUGCUGCGUUUUUGUUGGCAUGGGUUGACUCUAACCUUCUAUUUUAAAAUUUCAACGGGCCUUAUUUUUUACAAACAUUGACUUAAAAAACUCAAGGGUAAAAGCCCUGUCAUACUAACUUUUUGUUUAGCAUGCUUUGGCCUGAUAACCUGUUUUUCUCAAUCUAUAACCUAUAAAAAAGAUCAUUAUUUUUAAAAAAAAUUAUGAUCUUGUGAUCAUUAAAAUCAGCUUGUUGAGUUCAAUAGUAUGUGCAUUGUAGAUACAGUGGCUGUCAAAGUCUGUCUGGUUCGCUUAUCGAAUAUAAGAUUACCAGCUAUGCUGAUGACAACCUCAUUAUCACAAUGUUUAAUUGUGGGUUCUGAACAGAUAUGACCGAGAUUAUUCAUUACAGAUUUAAUCCACAUUAUUUUGAACGUAGUAUGGAUGAUGAGCCAGUAUGCAGCUUCAGUAUUCAAUUGAGCCUCUGAAUUUUUUUUCUUGUCCUUCCAAGCAACCAAAUUUUCUGAUGGAUGACCUUGCAUUUGUGGACAUCAGAUGAGGCUUUGAUUCCCUAAUGGCCAUUCUAUUUAUGUCGAAGCCAUCUUCCAAAGAGCCUUUGAUAUGGAGCAUGACUCUUAAAAUUGCUUCCUAAUGGCAUUGGUUUGUUUUUGAUCGAACUGGUUAUGUCUUGGUCCCCACCCUGUUUUGGUACUUUACUUUGGUGUCAAUGCAAUAAUGACAGAGCCUGAAGGUAAGAUUUCACAAUUUAGCAAAGUGAACCUAUACUAUAUUAUCAAAGUAUUUCAUGGAUCAUAAGAGAGGUCAUCAGGACACAGACAAGUCAGAACAUUGCUAUACCUAAGAAAAUUAUCUCAUAUAUUGCAAGCUAUCUAGCAGCUGCUUGGUACUAAGGAUUCCGAGUCAAUUAUUACAUGGGAAAAAGGAUUGGAGUCAGUCAUGCCUCAUACCAGGUGUCUCCUCAUACUGUCUAAUCUCACAGUUUACAAAAAUAAAAAUGAUGUAAAAAAAUCAUAAUUAAAAGCGAUAAUGAAAAUUAAAAUUUACAAGUUGUCAAAAUCUCACUUUAAAGAGAUAAUGCAUUUCACAAAGUACCAACUUUGCAAGAACAUGGCUAUCUCUGCAACUUUAGUUGAAUACCUUGGAGACAUUUACACCCACAUAGUUCUCUUAUGUGGGUGUAAAUGUGGAAUAUGUGGAAUGUAUCCCUUAUAAUUCUCUUGUGUUUUAGGCAACCAAGAGUAAGAACUUGUCCGAUGUGCACAGAACUGGCAAGACUCUCCUCGUACCUAUGCUACUCUCCCUUGCCUUAGCCAGAUAUUUCCUCUCAUUGCCCCAGGUGUCACCAGAACACUUUUAAGGACAGUGAUGUUGGCAAAGAUCUCACUCUUCUUAAGAUACCAAUAUACAAGAUUACAGGACAAGUGAUGGUCAAUGGGGAGGUCAUUACCAAGAAGUAGAAAUGAAAUAUCUCGAUGAUCUUUGUGAGAGAAUGACUUCUCUCAUUCCCUCAUGUUCGUUUUUAUCAUUUUGACGACUCAAUCCUUACCCUACAGUUCACUGCUCAUUCCCAUACUUUCUGCAUUUUCUACCAACAGUACGAAUGCGUAAAUAAAUAAAAAAAACGCAUUUUUUAAUCUUGUUGCGUGUUGCACUUCUCUCCAUGUUCAGAUUUUUUUUAAAGUUUCUGACAUGUUUUAAUUCAAAAUUCUCUAGAGGAUCAUCUCAAUCAGCUUGCACAAUCCAAGGGGAAAUUUGCUCAGUAUGCUUGUAAGAUCCUUGGUGUGUACUUCGCUUAUCACCAUGAUGCGUAUUCUAUGCGAGGUUAGUAUCUACAAGAGGUCCUGAGUUGACAGGAAAGAAUCAGCUUGUACCCUGAGACACUGAUGGGUGUUCUGUAUUGGAUGCAGGCGUCUACCUUCAUGACCCCACUGCCCUUCUCGCAGCUGUUGAUCCAUCUUUGUUAACUUACACCGAGGGUGUGGUAAGAGUACAGACUGGUGGGAUUACGCGGGGCCUGACAUUAUUUGAUAACUGCAAGAAAAGGUAAGGCAGUUAAUUUAUAAAUCUAUAUUUUAAGCUUGUCCAGUUAAUUUGCCUGAAGCUUAUUUUCAUGUUUCUGUAAAAUAGAAUAUCUCGUAAAACCUGUGCCCCUCCAAUUCUUUCUGGUAGCUUUCCUGUCACCGAUUGAAGAUCACCAAUUUGUCAAAAAUUGAAGGCACUGCAAUUCGGUCUUCUAGUGUUGUAUCCUGUACAUUUUUUACAUAUUUUUUGAAAAACUAAAAUCGCCUGUGUUUUUCAAUAAAGUGAAUAGUACAUUUAUAGUAUCAUCUUGAUGUUUCUAUGUUUGGGCACUGAUUGCCGUGGCGACAGAGCAAAACAUUAAAUAUUCGGUUGUUUGCCAAUUCAAACAUUCUGAUUACUCCAGGAGGCUGAUCUUGUUAUUUGUGUGAUACAUGAGAUUGGCAGAAAUGUGUAUAUCUGAUGGGUCCGCUGGGACUUGUUUCUCUCAAUAAAUCAGGUACGGGGAGAUGAAUGAAUGGUUUGACAAACCAAAGGUGAAGGUGGCCAUCACAGUCGAUGCUCCGGCAAUUGUCAAGCUUGUCAUGGAUCGGUUGAUGGGCUGA